CACUCUAGCUCAUCGCACACAAAAAUCAUCAUCCGAGCAAUGGGAAACAAAGCAGUACUCUUCGGUCUUACCUUUUCUUUCCUCUUAUUCUCGAGGGCUCGCUCGGUUGCAUUCACAAUAAAAAACAACUGCCCCUACACGAUAUGGCCAGGAACAUUGACUGGUGGCGGGCCUCAGUUAUCAUCAACCGGGUUCCAGCUAGACUCCGGAGCUUCGUUAACCCUUGAUGUUCAACCCAAGUGGUCAGGCCGCAUGUGGGCUCGAUCCCACUGCUCCAAUACCAACGGCAAGUUCACUUGUGGCACAGCCGACUGCGGCUCUGGCCAGAUCACAUGCAACGGUGCGGGUGGAAUCCCGCCAGCCUCGCUCGUAGAGUUUACUCUAGCAGACAAUGGCGGGCAAGAUUUCUACGAUGUUAGCCUCGUGGAUGGGUUCAAUUUGCCCGUAUCAAUAACACCGCAAGGCGGCUCGGUUGGGUGCCAAAGCACGAGCUGCCCCAAAGAUGUGAACCAGGUUUGCCCGCCGGAACUGUCAGUUAAAGGAUUUAACGGGGAGGUUAUCGCCUGCAAGAGCGCGUGUGAGGUUUUCAAUCAGCCGCAGUACUGUUGCAGCGGAGAGUAUGGGACACCAGAGAGAUGUCCACCGACGACAUAUUCUGAGAUUUUCAAGGAUCAGUGUCCCCAGGCUUAUAGCUACGCCUACGAUGACAAGACUAGCACAUUUACAUGCACCGGUGGAGCUAAUUAUCUCAUUACAUUCUGUCCUUGACGUACAAGUUGGAUCAAUUGAAGCUGUUCCAAUAAUAAUAAUAAUUCCUUCCAUCAA